AUGGAAUGCCCCAUUUGUCUCGAUCCUCUUGCUCUGCACUCCGUAGUCGGACGGGUACAUCAUUGCAACCAUGUAUACCACGAAAAAUGCAUAGUUGCAUGGUCAGGAAGAUCCAAUCUUUGUCCAACAUGCCGCAAACUAUUUAAUGGGAUUGAUAUUUUUGCCCAGAACCUUCCUCAUGUGAUAAUUUCAACUGUUGCGGUGCAGAAUCGCUUGAACGAAAACGACGCAAUCGACAAUAUUCCCCUGGAGUACAUCAUCACUCCAGUCGCAUACCAGGAACAGAUGCGGCAGUUGUCCGAGCGGGAACACGAGAGGUUGGAAAAUUCUUCUUCGGGUGUUUGUCUCAUUUGUUCCAGUGCCCAGUAUAGCCGGGUGUUGAUGAAAAUGGCGGUAUGCAUCGGGUGCGAUGCCAACUUUCAUCAUAAUUGUUUGGGUCGAACGGAUGAGUCCAAUUGGUUUUGUCCCGUGUGUGACUGUUAUCAGGAGUUUCCCUUUUGUGCUAGAGAUGGCUCUGGUUCCAUCCAUGAAUCUGUGGUGCCACCAAGGCCCAGCCAAUCUUCUAUCUCCUUCCUAGAUAAUUUGGAUGAUUUUGAAGAACUGGCACCGCUUGUGCGCGGUUCGAAUGUUAUCAAUGGUGGCGUAUUACUUAGACGGGAGGAGCGUGCUCGGCGAAACUUAACGCCAGAUGAGGCCAAGUCCUGGGACUUGUUCGAGCAGGCUCGAACUGGCGGCAAAACUGAACUGUUGUCCCAAUCUUUGAACACUGAGCAGUUUCCACGGCGAAAGAGACGACCGAAAAUUACAUCUUUGAGCCCCAACAGCAAUGUGAAAGUUCCGAUCCUAGUUGGCCCCAAAGGCUCUACCAGCAGAAUUACUUCUCUAAUGAGCCAAAUAAAGUCUAAAGCCAAUGGCGUGGGAGCCAACACUCCAGAUUCGCCGAUUAUUGUUGUGGAUCUGGGGGACCAGAGAGCCAAACAUCCUACUCUUGACCCUACAACUGGACUUUCGCUCGGACAAAAGCGUAGAGUCCAAAAGCAUGUGCGAAAAGCACUUCUACGAUACUACAAUGGCGAAGAAUCCAAAAAUCACUGGAUUAAAACAGAAUUGCAGUAUAUCGAGAUUAACAAAGUGAUUUCCAGAGGCGUCUACCAAGAAAUCAUGGCCCAGUUCAACUCCGAUGAAUUGCUUCAAAACUUUUUCUCUCACCAUGACCAGCAACUUGAAGGCAUGGUUCUUGAGCGAGUCGGCAAGUGGGAACAGAGCAAAAUGAACGAGUAG